AUGGCGCAACAUUCCAACAUUGCACGGUCGGCCCUCAUGACGUCGGCCGCUUCGCCUGAUCCUUCAACGCUGGACCAGAGGAGUAAUAAUAACCAGCCCAACGGUGUCAGUUCCAACGGACCGAGUGACGGCUCGGGGAAAGAAGGAAGCCUGAUGCCUCCCCCGAAAACCGUGGUCGGACGAGCGCUAGGAAAUGACCUGCAUUCCGACAAAAGCUCGCAGCUGCACAAGGGCGGAGUCGGAGCUGCCCUGACUGACACUCCGAUUUCUACCGCACCCCCGUCUCCACAGAUAUUGGGUCGUACUCAGCCCGGAACUCCCAACCGAGUGCGAGCAACUACUCUUGAUAUUCCGGGGCUGACCAAGUCCAAGGUCUCCCCGGAUGGUCGGAUCGCCCAGCGCGAUGUUGGCGCAAAGCUGGUGAUUGUCAUGGUUGGCCUCCCUGCCCGAGGCAAAAGUUACAUCACCAAGAAGCUGGCUCGGUACCUGAACUGGCUUCAACAUGACACCGAGAUUUUUAACGUGGGAGAGCGUCGCCGUGUGGCGGCGGGAAAGUCCCCAUCGCCGGCUAAGCUUGACCACGGUCAGGAUAGGAAGCCGAGUUCUGUCCACAGGGACCUGGUUGACUCGGUCCGUCGAUUAAGCGUCAGCGUCGGGUCUAUGAACCCGGCUGAGGAGACGCCGCCGGAGAAUGAUCCCCCCUUCCACCGCCCGUGGUCCCAGCCAAAAUUCUUGAGUACUAUCGUGCCGUCGUCCAUCGAUGCUGGCCCCGCCCAGUCGUAUCCAAAUGACGAAAGCAUCAAAGAAGCUUCUCCUGAGCCAAUCGACCAGAACGCCAGUUUCUUUGAUCCUCAGAAUCAGCAGGCCGUGAAAAUGAGAGAACAGGUGGCCCUUGACACCCUUGAUGAAUUGCUCGAAUACAUUUUGGAGCGAGGCGGCAGUGUUGGAAUCCUUGAUGCGACCAACAGCACAAUGGAGCGUCGCAAGGCGGUUGUUGAUCACAUCCGCAGCCGGGCCGGCCCCGAGCUGGGAAUUUUGUUCCUCGAAAGCAGCUGUGUGGACGAAGCCUUGUUGGAGGCCAACAUGCGCCUGAAGCUCUCUGGGCCUGAUUACAAGGGCCAGGACCCGGUGGAGGCGCUGGAGGAUUUUAAGAAACGAGUGGCCCUCUAUGAGAAAUCCUACGUGCCACUUGGAGAAUACGAGGAGAAACACGACAUGGCCUACAUCCAAAUGAUCGACGUUGGUCGCAAGAUGGUCUCCCACCAAACUCAUGGCUUCCUUUCUUCUCAGGUAGUCUACUAUCUGCUCAACUUCAACCUUUCCCCGCGCCAGAUCUGGAUCACUCGACAUGGUGAGAGUGUCGACGACCAAGCUGGCCGUAUUGGUGGAGACUCAGACCUCAGCGAGAACGGCAGACGGUACGCCAAGGCCCUGGCUCGCUUCGUUGAUCACCAACGGCGCCAGUGGGAGCUGUACCAGCGACAGAAGGAUAUGCUGAAGCACUUCCCUCCACGCCCUGGUGACAGCACGCCCCCGAACCCGUCAUACAUUCCUCGGGAUCGGCCACGCAACUUUUGUGUGUGGUCAUCGAUGAUGCAGCGGGCGAUCCAAACCGCCGAAUAUUUCAACGAGGAAGAGUAUGACGUCAAGCAGAUGAGGAUGCUGGAUGAACUCCAUUCUGGCAAGAUGGAAGGCAUGACGUACAAGGAAAUCCAACACCAGUACCCAGAAGAGUAUGCCAACCGCAAGAAGGACAAGCUCUACUAUCGAUACCCGGGGCCCGGUGGAGAAGGCUACCUGGACGUGAUCAACCGGCUACGGACUGUGAUUGUCGAGGUGGAGCGUACCACAGAUCAUGUACUGUUGGUCGGUCAUCGCUCUGUUGCGAGGGUGCUCCUUGCCUAUUUCCGUGGCCUCAAGCGGGACGAGGUCGCUGACUUGGAUGUUCCGAUGGGCAUGUUGUACAUGCUGGAGCCCAAGCCUUAUGGGGUGGACUUCAAGGCGUACCGCUACAACACCGAGAGUGACUGGUUUGAUUACCUCCCGGAUUAUGAAUUGCACCAGGUGGGUGCACAGAUGACGGGGUGA